AAUGUCAGCUUCAGCCCUGAAACUCGCGCGUGCCCCCCCACCCACUGGACCGCGCCUUAAUACCGCUGAAUGCUCGCGCAUGUAGGCUGAACACAAUAAAAAGUUUUUUUGUUCAUAUUUUGCUCUACUGAGGAAAUGCAACCCAAAUCAAAAGUGGAAGUGUAAAACGAGACGAGCCGGUCUGCUGGAGGAGGAAUAAUAAGCAGGGAGGAGUUCGACUAGAAGAGGGAGAGGAUUUUCGUGUGAAAAGAUACAAAAAAAAAAACAACAGAGGGAAAGAAAAUGAGCAAACAAAACCGAGCACGAGCAGCGCGCGCAUCUCAACUUUGAAGAUUGUUGCUUCAUAAUCACACAUUUGCACAAGAAUCUGUUUCACAAAAAAAAAGAAAGAACGUUCUCAUUCCUCUUCUAGGAACUUCUGAUCAUCUCUCAAUGCUUCCAUCAGCUCUUAAACCCACCAUGGAUUCUCUCGACGCUGUCUUGCGCUUCUUCACAAACCAGAAGACCAAGAUCGGGUAUGGCAUCAUGGCCAUCGCUACCAUCGGAGGAGAGAGGAUCUUCUCUCUCUUAUCCUUCCAGUGUCCAUGCAACGUCAAGCAGAACAUGGUUUACGGGCUCACCUACCUGCUCGGACCGGCGCUCGUGCUCUUCACCGUCGGCCUGUUCCUCAGCACGCGCCUGUGGCGCCUCUACACCGGCUGCUGCCUCAACCCCAGAAAACUCUGUCCUCAUCGGGCAAACUGCUUGGGCUGCGCAACUGUGCUUUUUAACGUGGCAGUUGGAGCGCUCGUGGCACCGAUCAUGUGGCUCAGCAUCGCUUUGCUGAACGGCACGUUCUACGAGUGCACGGUGAGCGGUCUGGAAGAAAAGGCAAUCGUGGACUGGUUUUGUAAAAACAGGACCAGUACUUGCAAAGACGAGCUGGCCAAAGUCCCGUGUCAAACAUCCAACAUGUCCCCCUCAGACACCAAGGAGCUUCUGCUAAUUCUACAUGCCCAGUCUCAGAUCAUUGGCUGGAUCCUGAUCAUGAGCUCGGCUCUGGCUGCUCUGAUCGGUACAUGUUAAAACUGCCGUUCUCAAGUCAGCUACCUGCAGCUCACCUUCUGGAAAGUGUACAAGGAGAAAGAGAAAGAGAAGUUCGAGGCGUACGCAGACGAGUACGCCACCCGGCUGGCCGAUCGAAACCUCAAGAGCUUCUUUGAGAACAAAGACGUUGAGGCGUUUCCUUUCCCGAACCACAAAGCCUGGGAGCAGAUAUCGACCAUAUACACGUUUAAACGCGGCGAGCAGUAUUACAGCACGCUCCAGAGAUACGUCGAGAAUCCGAAUCGUGACUACACUCCGGAGAAAAUGCCACUGGAAAUGGAACACACGCUUGAAUAGACCUCGGACCUCAACAUCUUAUCAGGACAACCUGUGGUUUUAGCUUACUGACUAGCUAGCUUGGUACCAAAGCUGGCAAGGAAAAAAAAACACUGAUUUUCUUGUGAUACUUCAACAUCUGUGAACCUGCAACAAUACAAGCAACACCACUAACGAACGAAAUAUUUAUACGCAUCAUUUCUAAGACUCGGGUUAAUUCCCGAAUAUCUUGUUUUUACCAUUUUUAUUCCAGUCCUCCAUGCAGAAUUCAUUUUAAAUUGUGUGCAAUAAGCAUAAAUAGUUAACAAAUUAGUUUUUUAGCAAGAAUUUUUUUAAUGCCAGUCUCAUAAUCUGACAUCGCUACUCCUGAACAUGCAUAUAUUGUUCUUAAAUGUUUUUUUUUAGUUUUUAUUUGAUCUGUAAACUGUAUAUUGGCAUGUUUUUAUUAUUUUUUACCAAAUAAAAUGUUUUGUUGCUCAAUACUGACUGAAUAAACAGGAGCUAUGAGCUAUGAGCA